UUGUGUGGUAUAUCAAAACACAUUUUUUUCCUCCCAACAGGUGCCUCGACAGACAGUUUUUACUUUACCCGGUCCCCUCAAAAUCAAGACGUGGAGGAAGGCCAGCCGCUGCGAUUAGAGUGCGCAGUUCGUCCCAACGACGACAUUCACUACUCGUGGCUUCAAAACGGCGUCCGAAUAGACCCCGAAAAGCAGAGCGGUCGCCGAUACUUAGAGGGCGACUCGAACCUCCGAAUCCUCCACGCCGAUCGCGAAAUCGAUCCAGGCAGAUACCAGUGCCAGGCACUGAACAAAACCUCCAAAUUUGUCAGCGCGAGUCGCGAAGCCACCGUCAAUGUUUAUUGGAUGGAGCCUGAAGUCGAGGUGAGACUGGUUCGACCGGCUCGUUUCGAAGAUAUUCGGAUAGACGGCGCGGUUGAACUCUCCUGUGCCGUGCAAGCGCAUCCCCCAGCCACAAUGAACAAUAUCCUCUGGUUUCACAACGGAAACGCCCGCCUCCCCAACAUGCAGGUUCUGCCCAACGGGAACCUGCUCAUCUCCUCCUUCGGCAUGCAACACGCCGGAAGUUUCCAUUGUCGCGUAAUCCAUACUGCUGGGAAGGUGGAUAGCAGACCACCAUUUGUCAUCCAAAUGACAGGCAAGUUUAUUUUGUGUAGACUCAAUUCAAAAUUUUGCAAUGGAAAGCGAGAAUUAGCUCUCGGUAAAUACUUAUUUGCAAGUUCCUAUAAGCAUGUCAGAGAGCGCAAGAAAGAUCGAGUCACAACACUUUUGUUUUGGCUUAUUUCAGCUGAUGAGCCACCAAAAGUGGACACCAGCCUCUCUGGUAAGGGAUUCCUCAGGUACGCGCUGCUCGAUCGGCCAUUGCAGUUAAUCUGUCCGAAACCACCCGCGUCGCCGGAUGCACCCCCAGACACCCCCAUCAUCCCCGUCUGGGGAUUCAUGAAGCGCUUAGGGGAGCAGCAGCAGCCCAUCACGAGUCUUCCGGCAGUUCGACUGCUCGACGAGGAUUCGACGCUUAACAUCGACAGAUUCAAGCACGUACACAUCAACUUCUACACCUGCGAGGUCAAUAUGCCCUUCACAUCCGAGCGUUACUUUUACGUCUUUCAAGUUUAUCUCGCAGAACUGUAUACUCCAAAACCGUCUAACUUCGCUCCACGUCCGCGACAAAAUCAACCGCUAGCUGUUCGCUUAGGGGAGAGACUUGAGCUUCGGUACUACGAUGACCUGACCCCUUCACAAUCCUAUGCCAACGAGAACAUCUCAAAUCCUCCCCCACGGAUCGAGUGGUUCCGACAUUCUUCUGGCCAUCAGGACCCUAUCAGAGUCCCCGCGCCACCAAAUCCCCACGCUGAAGCCAGCACGAGGGUGUUUGUGAAGAACGGGCGACAUCUGGUGAUAAGAGACGCGACCGAGGAAGACAGCGGCCCCUACGAGCUGGUUCUCUCCAGUAUUGCUGGCCGUGUCGCCGUGCCCUUCCAAAUCAUGGUCUCCUUUCCUCCUGAAUUUGAACCCGCCAAAGAGUCGCAGACGUUGGACGAAGGCGAAGCCCUGUUGCUGAGCUGCCAUAUCCGUCGACGAGCAAUCCCUGGAAGUCGCAUUUACUGGGAAAAAGAUGGGCGGCCACUGGUCAACUACGGAAACGAUAUCUUGGCAGAAGGUGACGGUGAACGCCUGCGCCUUCCCCACGUUACGGUUGACCAUCAGGGCCGUUACCAAUGCUUCGUCUUUACCGAUGGUUAUCCUAAGAAGUUUCCUGGCCAGAUGCAGCACAUCGAGGUGCGCGGGCGUCUUCAAUUCGUCAGGGAAAUCAAGGAGCACUUUCUUGAGGUCAACAUUCAAGGAAAGUUGACCUGUAAAGUGCGCGGAUAUGGCCAACUCAACGUUGACUGGUUCCGCAAGACUGCAAACGGCCUUGAGCCGAUUCAAAAACCCAAUCAAGUUGAGAAUGGCGUGCUUAUUUUCCAAUAUGUCCAAAAGCAGGACGCAGGGGAAUACGUCUGCAUCGCCCGGUCAAAUUACCGCGAUGAAGAGAUCCAGAUGACGGUUAAAGUUAUUGUCGGAGAAAAGCCACGGAUUUCCGAAAUCAGCACAAACCAAACUAUUCAAGAAGGCAGUCGUCUGGUACUGAAUUGUAAGGCUUCUGGAGACCCACGACCUCAAAUCAGUUGGAUCGUCAAGAAACCAAAUGUUCGAGAUCCUUUCAUCUACUCUGCACUCAUAUCCGGCCAGCCAAACACUGAAAAUAUUUUAGAAAACGUUUUUGACGCAGGAAGAGUGGGAGGCGAAGAUACCGGAGGCGCUCUCAUCAAUCCCGGACCUCUCGAUGAUCGAGUCCAGGUUCUAUCAAACGGCAGUCUUGUCGUCAACCAGGUGCUAUUGAAGGAUGAAGCGGAGUAUAUCUGUAUUGCAGGGAACAAGCACGCAAUCCAGACACGCCAGGGUGUCCACGUCAAUGUUCUUACUGCCGAUGAAUACGCUAAGCUGGAACACGGGGAGGAAAGUUUGAGUCCGGGGAUGGUGAAGACAAUCGUGAUUGUCGUCAACUGCGCGAUCGCUUACCUGGGUCUGAUCUUCGGUCUGACGGUGUACUGCAGCAUUCGGUACCUAAAGAACCGCCGUAAUCGUGCCCAAAAUGCAAAGACUCCGGAAUCGGGUCACUUGAUUGCGCAGGGUGCUCCAUCUCUAACCCAGGAUAACAACUGUGCUCUCCUCCUGAAUGACGAAAUGAUGACAGCGGGUUCCAGAGCACCUACAAGUUCCCCGAACGACACGUCGGCCACCGACUUGGGUGUGAUGCAGAACUUCAAUUACCGUAACAACGGCAGUGCCAAGGGCUACCCACCAGGCAAUAACUUUCCCAUUGGCGAUGGACCACCUCCACCGUCCCGACAACUUCUCCCCACCAGUGGAUACGCCUCCAACGAUCUGUCGAUGGCGACAAAAAACGGAGGCAGUACGAGCGGGCAGGCCUACCCCGUGAGUGUCACUAGCACUACCACGGGUGACUCGUGUGCUUCCAGGAUGGUGACGGCGCCCCCUCCAACUCCCCUAGACUCCCGAUCCCACUUCAGUGGACUCUCCUCUUCUGGCAAUUCCGCCAGUGCCUAUUCGCGCUCCCUCAUUAGUGGUGCCUCGAAUAGCACUGGACCGCCAUUUUCAGGAGGGGGCUAUGCCGUGCACGGUGGCAUGGUCCUCAAUGGGACGGGCACACUCGGUGGCCAAUACCCCCCACCAGACAUGAUGGCGUACAAUCACCGUGACUAG